GGAUUCACCACAACUUAUUCACCACACACACAAGGAUCUCAACGUACAUGCAUGAUGUGUGGGAUUGGCAAUAUUUCAUUUCGAAUAGGUUAAAAAAUAGGACUAUGUCAUUUAGCCUAUUUGAUAUGAAAAUGUAAGGCUAUUCAAUGAAUAUUCUUCGUGAAUUUCUUCCAGAAAAGAGACAUUAGUAAACAUUGCAAACAAUUGUCUUGCAAUUUAUCAGCGGACAGACAUCUGCAAUAGGCCAAUCAACUUCUAUCUGCUAAUUGUAACAAACAUUAAAAACUCGAAAUCCCAGAAUCCUCCAGUGCGGCAUCUCCUUGGUGAUGUCAUUUACAGUAGUCCAGUCUGUAGUAGCCUAGCGGCGCUCUCUUGUCUCCUCUCCAUAAAUCCACUCCCCAUAUCAUCUGUCACUAGUUACCUAUAUCUUCGAAAUCAAUACAUUUUUAACGGUUUCUUCUCCAGAAGCGUAUAGUUAACAUCUCUAAUGGCAUCGCCUCUGAAAGUGUGCAUUGUCGGCUCUGGAAACUGGGGUUCAGCYAUUGCCAGGAUAAUCGGCAGUAAUGCUCAGACCCUGCAGCGUUUCGCCACCACAGUCAAGAUGUGGGUGUUUGAGGAGAAGGUGAACGGCAGGAAUCUCACAGACAUCAUCAACACAGACCAUGAGAAUGUCAAGUACCUGCCUGGAUACAAACUGCCUGACAACGUGGUGGCUGUACCCCAGCUCCAGGAUGCUGCUGAGGGGGGCUGACCUCCUAGUGUUCGGUUCCUCACCAGUUCAUCAGGAAGCUG